AAGUGUGUGUGUGUCAGUCACUCACCAGAUCUCAACCCAAUUGAACACUUAUGGGAGAUUCUGGAGUGGUGCCUGAGACAGCAUUUUCCACCACCAUCAACAGAACACAGAAUGAUGGAAUUUAUGGUCUAAGGAUGGUGUCGCAUCCCUCCAGUUCCAGACAGAAUCUAUGCCAAGGUGGGUUGAAGCUGUUCUGCCGGCUCGUGGUGGCCCAACGCCCUAUUAACCCUUUAUGUGGGUGUUUCCUUCAUUUUGGCAGUUAUCUGUAGAUGAGGCCUAUACAGGAAUCCAACUCAUAAUAGGGAUCUUGCUGCAAACAACUGGUGUACCUGGCAGUGGUGUGUACCAUGACCUAUUGGAGAACACAUACACACAAGCGCGCAAAAACACACGGACGUGAAAGCACACACACACACACACAGGCACACAAACACACACUUCACUGUUGGAAGGUGUGUGAAAAAUCAGGCUCAUGAUUGACUCCACCAAAAAGUUUAAAUAUGAAAGAUUCAAAUUGUUCUUUCCGCCCUCUCCCUCCCACUUAUCCUCCACUCUUCUUCAUUUCACUUCUUUCUUUACUUUUUCUCUCUCUCUCUUUUUGUAACUGUCUUUGAAGUGAGGAAGUUUGCAGAAGCUCUUGCAGACAGAAAGCAGCAAACGCCAAAGAUGAAGAGAAGGCUGUAUGGAUAGAAAAAGGGUGGGGAGAAAGGAGAGCGACGAGUUUUGUACUUCUGUACCGUUUCCUCUCUCUUCAGUCUUUCUGUCAUUUUUUUGGGCGCGCGUUGUCUCUCUUCUCUUCUCCUCUCCCCAGUUUUUCUCAACCUGUUCAUCUCCAGAAUGGAUGGAAGGCUAGUUCUUACCAUCCUGGUCCUGUGUGUCAAGAAUGUUGUAACCUUUGAAAACACGACAUCCACCUCCCAACCUCUCACGCCAUCCAACUCCACUCCUGCUAACCCCGCUCCCACCACUUCCUGUGUGUGUAAUAUCUCCACUUCCUGUUCCCCUCCGACCAAGCCCGAGUCUCCGCCACCUGCGCUGGGUGUUGUCAAGAUCAACUGGCAAGUAAAGUCCUGUAAGGGGGACAUACACCUGUCUCUCCUCUUGUCCUAUUCCUUACCACUCUGCUUUAACAGUUGGGCCAAUCUUAGCCUUGAACUGGCAGAAUCGUGUGAGAGGAAGGGCUGCGGGGGCUCCGCAAAGUGGACUGAGACCCUUGCUAGCUCUGAGGGUUACCAGAUCGAUGGGGAUGGAAGGGUUACCAAUAACUCCUGUACAACACUGAGGAUCCAAUGCGAAGUCGUCCCAGAUCAGUUAGUGGGCUAUAAGGUGGUGACUGGACUGCUGUGUGUUCUGGUGCUGGUGGUGCUGAUGGUGCGUUUCGGGCAGCCCUCCCUCAAGGCCCUCCGUAAGAGAUUGUCAGACAAGAGACAGAGUCGGUGGAUCGGACCUACGCAGAGUCAAAGUGUCUCCUACCAUAGAGGGAAGGCUGGACUCCAACUUAACGACAACACAGACAAGAGACACUCCUACCCUGGAUUGGAGAGGCUGACGGUGAACACUAGCCGAGAGCCGUCGUCUAACAGAAACAGUGAUUAUGACUCUUAUAACUUGUGAUCAUCAUCAUCAUCAUCAUCAUCAUCAUCAUCAUCAUCAUCAGUCAUAUUCUCCAUCCUCUAUGACAAAAUACUGUACAUGUAUUUUUUAUAUUUUAUUAUAUUUUUUUUAUGCUAAAUGUAAUAUUUUUUUAUGCUAAAUGUAAUAUUUUUUUAUGCUAAAUGUAAUA